AUGGCGAGUUUUUCGGAGUCGGGUCUGGUUAAAAAACUUGAUGAAUUGAAUAAUUCGCAACAAAGUAUACAGACGUUAUCGUUAUGGCUUAUUCACCACAGAAAGCAUUCCAAAUCCGUCGUUGACAUUUGGGUAAAAGAAUUGAAAAAAGCUAAAGGUUCCAAGAAGCUCACCUUGAUCUACCUGGCCAAUGAUGUCAUACAGAACAGUAAAAGAAAAGGUCCAGAGUACAUUAGAGAUUUCAAAGUUGUUCUGCCUGACUCGUGUAAAGAAGCUGUAAAAAGUUUAGAUGAUAAAUCCAAAUCAUCGUUAGAAAGGGUGCUAAAUAUUUGGAUGGAACGAAAUAUUUACGAAAAAGAUUUUGUCGACCACAUCAAAAAAUACAUGCAUGGUAGUAAAGAUGAAAUUAAAACUGUCGACAAAAAACCUAAAGCAACUGAACAAAAUUCGGCAAAAAAUGUUGAACCGACAGCAAAACAAUUGAAUAAAUCAUCUUCAGACCCUGCUUUGGAAAUGCAAGAUGGGCCAAAAGAGCCACCAACAUCUGAUGAAUUAAUCAAAGCUCUGUCUAGUUUAGAGAACUGUGCAUCAAACGAUGCAGCCGUUCGUGAAAGAAUUGCUGCCUUUCCUCCAGAAGUUUCUGAUGCCAAUCUACUUGAAAAAUUAUCUGACACCUCUGAAGCUGAUGCUCUGAUGAAAACUGUAGAUGAAGCUUGUGCGAUUCUUACUGAAUAUAACUCAAGAUUAGCAGAUGAAAUGUCAGAAAGGAAAAGGAUUGCCAAAAUGUUGCACAACUUUAUUAUUUAUCAAAAAGAAGCUUUGAAUGACUCUGAAGCCAAGUUAACUGAAUACAAGAGGCGAUUAGAAAAAGUUGACACCAUGCACAAAGAGCUGAAGUCACAUGUUCAAAGUUUGCCAGAUUUGACUCUUCUUCCUAAAAUAACUGGCGGAUUGGCUCCACUACCAUCUGCAGGCGAUUUAUUCAGUUCUGAUAAAUAA